AUGCGUUCGGUAUUCGGUACAGGCAAAAAGAGCUGGCCAAGAGUAGCAUUAAUGGCAUUGGCUCUUCAAGCUUCUCAAGCUUCUGCAGCUGAUAGCGUCAACACUGUUUCGGCAACUUCCGUUGCUUCUUGUGAUCCACUAUCUGCAACCUCAUGUGCUCCAGAUCCAGCAUUAGCAACAUCCAUCAGUGACGAUUUCAAGCAAGCCUCAGAGCACUACAUUCCAUAUAGGACACCAAGCGAAAUCUUCUACGGUGAUGAUGGUCUCACGCUCACGUUGAGUAAAAGAUACGACAACCCAUCCUUAGUGUCUGAUUUCUACAUUAUGUUUGGUAAGGUUCAAGUUUUACUAAAGUCUGCAUCGGGUCAGGGUAUAGUAUCGUCAUUCUAUCUACAGUCAGAUGAUAAGGAUGAGAUUGAUUUUGAGUGGCUUGGUGGUGAUGGCACCCAAAUGCAAUCAAACUUCUUCUCUAAAGGUGAUACUACGACUUAUGAUAGGGGUGAAUAUCAUAAUAUGGCGGAUCCAAGGGCUGAUUUUCAUAACUAUACCCUUGAGUGGAACGAAAACAGCUGCUCCUGGUAUAUCGAUGGGACAGUUGUCAGAACCUUAUCCAGUGAUAGCUCCCAGGGUUACCCACAAACUCCAAUGAGACUCUUCUUUGGUAUUUGGGCGGGCGGUGACCCAAGCAAUCAACCAGGUACAAUUGAAUGGGCUGGUGGUGAAACCGAUUAUAGUGAUGCGCCAUUUUCAAUGCAUAUUAAGAAUCUAGUUGUUUCUGAUUACUCAACAGGUUCAUCUUAUUCUUACUCUGGUACUUCUGGUAGUUGGGAAUCGAUUGAUUGUAAGGAUGGUUCUGUCAACGGUAGAGAGAAAAUUGCUAACGCAGAAUUUGCUGCAUUGGUUGGCGGUAAUACGAUUUCUACGGAGUCCACUAAAGGUGGUUCUUCGUCCACUUCUACUACUUCUGCUUCUACUACUUCUACAGCAUCUUCAGAAUUGACUUCAUCAAGCCCAACUCCCACUUCUUCCACUUCUUCCUCUUCUUCCACUUCUUCCACUUCUUCCUCUUCUUCCUCUUCUUCCUCUUCUUCCUCUUCUUCCUCUUCUUCCUCUUCCAUUUCCACUUUUUCCACUUCAGCAUCCUCUUCAGAAUUGACUUCAGCAGAUGUGACUUCCACCAGCAAAACUGAAGCGUCAAUUACUGCAAACUCUUUGCCAACUUCAACAACAGAUCAGGAUAGUGAAGAGAACAGCAUUGGAGAAGCUUCUACUACCUCUGAAAGCAGCGAAACUGUUUCAUUGAAGGAUGAAUACUUAAAGUCUUCAACUAUUACCACCAGCACACAAUCAUCUACCGAAACUCAUAAGCAAUCCAUCUCGGUAUCCACUGAGAAUAACGAUUCCCAUAGCGUAUCCGAUGAGUUUUCCAAUGGGGCAAACGCAGCUACAUCGUCUUUCCUAGGGUUGUCAUUGUUCUUUUUGGCCUUGCUUUAA